AUGGGGCGGAUCAUGGAGGUAAUGGCAGUCCCCCAAGAUCGUAAAGUGACAUUGGCCACGUUCUUCCUGACUCGGAAUGCGAGAUUCUGGUGGGAGUCGGUUAGAAGAAGGUAUAGAGAUCCAGCAGCCAUCACAUGGCCAGUUUUCAGAGCGGCCUUUGAUAGUCAGUACUAUCCUCAAGCCUACCAGAACAUGAAGAUGGAGGAAUUUUUGCAGCUAGAACAAGGAUCUAUGACGGUGUUAGAGUAUGAAAAGAAGUUCAAUGAGUUAUCAAAGUAUUGCUUGCCGCUAGUAGAAGAUGAAAGCAAGAAGUGUCAGCUGUUUACCAGGGGAUUGAAAGCCUCUAUCAGAGACAUUGUGAUUAGCCAGCGGCUGACUAAUUUUGGAGAUCUGGUGAUGUCAGCCUCGUUGAUUGAGAGCAGCCAGAUGAUGGUGAGAGCCCGAGGUGAACCUCGGAGGAGGCAGUACGAGACAGGUGGUCCCAGUCAGGGGUCAUCCAAAAGAGGCAGUUACAGCUCCGGAUCGUCUAGUGGCCGCGGUUUUGGAGGUUUUCGAUUAGGAGCUAGUUCCAGUGGAGGUUCAACCCAGAGUGGUAGUUCUGGGCGCAGAUCUACGAGCAGUUUAGUCAGGGGUUCCGGUAGGCAGCCACCAUCUACAGCUGGCAGGAUGAGAAGCCCCCAGUGUACAGUGUGCGGUAGAUUUCACUCCGGGACCUGCAGACAGGGUACCGCAGGGUGUUUCCACUGUGGUCAACAGGGGCAUUUCUUGAGAGAAUGCCCAUUAUUGUUACCAGGUGGUGAAGCGACUGUUGCCCCACCUCGAGAGACAGGCACACAGAGUAGAACCCAGUUUGGUGGAGCCUCGUCCAGCGGUGAAGCCCAGACGAGUGUUGCCAGUAGGGGUAGCAGUCAACAGCAAGGACGGGGCAGACGUGCCAGAGCUACCGGCAGGGUGUAUCAUAUGUCUCAACAGCAGGCGCAAGCAUCCCCAGACGUGGUUACAGGUACUUUAUCAGUUUUUGGGACCCCUGCUAGAAUUUUGAUUGACCCUGGGGCUACGCACUCAUUCGUUACUCCUAGUUUUGCCCACAACGCUGAUGUCCAACCAUCGGCUUUACGGAAUGAGUUAGCGAUCUCUGUACCUACAGGAGAGAUCUUUUAUGUUGGUACAGUGUAUCGCGAUAGUCCAGUUUUAGUGGGGGAUGUGUGUUUGGAAGCAGAUCUGAUUCCACUAGAGAUGGUGGGCUUGGAUGUCAUUUUGGGCAUGGAUUGGCUUACUAAGCAUCAUGCCUCAGUGGAUUGCUUCAGGAAAGAAGUAGUACUCCGUAGCCCUGGACGUCCUGAAGUAACAUUUUAUGGUGAGCGUAGAGUACUCCCAUCUUGCCUCAUUUCAGCGAUGACGGCAAAGAGGUUGCUCCGAAAAGGGUGCUCAGGUUAUCUAGCACAUGUGGUGGAUACCAGGAAGCAGGAAUUAAAAUUGGAAGAUAUCCCGGUGGUACGAGAUUUUCCAGAUGUAUUUCCGGAUGAUCUUCCUGGGUUACCUCCUCACCGAGAGAUUGAGUUCACUAUUGAGCUCCUCCCAGGAACGAGCCCUAUAUCUCAGGCACCUUACAGGAUGGCCCCAGCAGAAUUGAAAGAGUUAAAGGUACAGCUGCAGGAACUAGUAGAUAAGGGCUUUAUCCGACCCAGCUUUUCUCCUUGGGGUGCUCCAGUAUUAUUUGUGAAAAAGAAGGAUGGUACCAUGAGGUUGUGUGUUGACUACAGGCAGCUGAAUAAAGUCACAGUGCGGAAUAAGUAUCCGCUACCCCGUAUUGAUGAUUUAUUUGAUCAGUUGAGGGGUGCUAAAGUGUUUUCCAAGAUUGACUUAAGAUCAGGGUACCAUCAGUUGCGGAUUAAAGAAGAAGAUGUGCCUAAGACAGCUUUCCGAACCAGGUAUGGGCAUUAUGAGUUCUUGGUGAUGCCAUUUGGAUUGACGAAUGCCCCAGCUGCAUUUAUGGAUUUGAUGAACAGAGUGUUCCGACGUUAUUUGGAUCGCUUUGUCAUCGUAUUCAUAGAUGAUAUUCUGGUGUAUUCCAAGAGUCGAAAGGCACAUAUGAAACAUUUAGAACUAGUACUGAAGACGCUGAGAAGGAAGAAAUUGUUUGCUAAAUUUAGUAAGUGCCAGUUCUGGCUAGACAGAGUAAAUUUCUUGGGACAUGUGAUUUCCGCGGAUGGUGUUUAUGUUGAUCCUCAGAAGGUGGAGGCAGUAGUGAAUUGGCCGCAGCCAACCAGUGUUACAGAGGCCUUAGAAGAACGAAGGAAACCGCCCGGGCCAUCCGCUUAG